CGCCAGUGCCUCCGAAACGGCAAACCGGAGUCAGUUAGCCGGGGCAGCGAAUCGAAUUACCAGGGCCUCCGAAGUUCGCAGCCUUCAGUUCUAGUCUAGUGUCGUCCGUGUCCCGUUGGAUCCCGUUGAAGUGUUGGCCCAAAGCGUCAAGUGCCGCUCUCUCGUGUAUCUCUAUUCCCGAAACAACUACUACAUAUCUAGCCGGCGUUGCCAUUUUUAUACCUUGUUUUUUUCCCAGCCGCGUGUUUUCAUCUUUUUGUUUUCUCUUAUUCUUAUAUUAUUACUGAUUGUCAGUCUUUGGCUUCCUUCACUGCCAAGCUUCUCUCGUCUGACGUAGUUGGUUUGUGGCCGCCCCGGAAAUCAGUUAGCGGAAAUAACAGUCGCAACAUCACCCCAUCUUCUUCUCUUCUCCGGUUUUUGCGCCGAAAACCGAACAUUAUAUACAGCAUACCCGGAACAACAGGACGCAUCCAGUCGACAGAAACCACCAUACAACACUAGUCAGAAUGGCUCCCCAAACACCACUGACCGGCGUCGAGGUCGCCAAGCACAACACCCAGGAUGACUGCUGGGUCAUUGUCCACGGCAAGGCCUACGACAUCACAGAGUUCCUCCCCGAGCACCCCGGUGGCAUGAAGAUCAUCCUCAAGUAUGCCGGCAAGGAUGCUACCGAGGAGUUUGAUCCCAUCCAUCCCCCAGACACUCUCGAGAAGUACCUGGCCAAGGACAAGCACCUGGGCCCCGUCGACAUGUCCACCGUCGUGACUGAGAAGGCCGAGGUUGAUCCCGAGGAGCAGGCGCGCUUGAAGCGCAUUGAGGAGAUGCCCUUGCUCGAGCAGUGCUACAACCUGCUUGACUUUGAGGCGGUGGCCAAGAGGGUUAUGAAGAAGAAUGCCUGGGCUUACUACUCUAGCGCGGCGGAUGAUGAAAUUACUCUUCGCGAAAACCACGCCGCCUUCCAUCGUAUCUGGUUCCGCCCCAAGGUUCUCGUUGAUGUCGAAAAGGUCGACUUCAGCACCACGAUGCUCGGAACCAAGGUUGAUAUUCCCUUCUACGUCACGGCCACUGCCCUUGGCAAGCUCGGCCACGUUGAGGGCGAGGUUCUGCUCACUCGCGCCGCCAAGAAGCACAACGUCGUCCAGAUGAUCCCCACUCUCGCCUCCUGCGCCUUUGACGAGAUCAUGGACGCCGCCGAGGGCGAUCAAGUCCAGUGGCUGCAGCUCUACGUCAACAAGGACCGCGCCAUCACCGAACGCAUCAUCAAGCACGCCGAAAAGCGCGGCUGCAAGGCCCUCUUCAUCACCGUCGAUGCGCCCCAGCUCGGUCGUCGUGAGAAGGACAUGCGCGUCAAGUUCACCGACGACGGCAGCAACGUCCAGAAGGGCCAUGAGACCAAUCGCAACGAGGGUGCGGCCCGCGCCAUCAGCAGCUUCAUCGACCCCGCCCUCAGCUGGAAGGACAUUCCCUGGUUCCAGAGCGUCACCAAGAUGCCCAUCAUCCUCAAGGGCGUCCAGCGCGUCGAGGAUGUGAUCAAGGCCGUUGAGGCCGGCGUGCAGGGUGUUGUCCUGUCCAACCACGGUGGUCGCCAGCUCGAGUUCGCCCGCUCGGGCAUUGAGGUUCUCGCCGAGACCAUGCCGGUGCUGCGCGAGCUCGGCCUGGAGGACAAGAUCGAGGUCUACAUCGACGGCGGCAUCCGUCGCGCCACCGACAUUCUCAAGGCCCUCUGCCUGGGCGCCAAGGGUGUCGGUAUCGGUCGCCCCUUCCUGUACGCCAUGUCGGCGUACGGAUUCGAUGGUGUUGACCGCGCCAUGCAGCUGCUCAAGGACGAGAUGGAGAUGAACAUGCGCCUGAUUGGCGCGACCAAGAUCGAGGACCUCAACCCCGGCAUGCUGGAUCUCAGGAGUCUAUACAACCACGGCGCGCCGCCAACGGAUACGCUGUCGAACAUCUCGUAUGAUGCUUUGAUUAGCCCGGCCCAGAGGGUCAAGUUUGCGGAAAAGUCCAAGAUCUAGAAGGUGUUUAUCUGUUUAAUGAUUUGUAUUUGAUGAAGUGAUGGAUAUAUCCUGGUUUGGUUUUGUUUUUGAGCUAAUUUUGGGGUAAAAGGGGUUUAGCGGCGGUAUAUAUCUGCUAGAAUUUGUUGGAUAUGCCAUUCAUGUCUACUCCUGAUUCUCGUGCCAACCCACGUAUCCAAUGUCCCUAAUGGGUUCAACUUUCCUCACAAUAUGUCCCAGCUGAGCCUGCCAUACUACAAUAUCUCUUUUAGUGUAUGGUCGUGUGUGUGUGCUUACAUGAACGCCUCUUCUGUGCGUCGGACUGUCGGACAGCAACCCGAGAGAAUGGUAUAAUCAGGUAAAACCGGGAAAGUGAUCGCCGCCAUGAUCGGUCAUGAUGUGCCCUCCUGCAUUUGGAAACCGGUUGUGCGGUUUGUACCAUGGUACUGCUAUCACACUCUUAAUGCCUGAUAGGUAAAAUAUGUCUUCAAGUUUUUAAGGCGAUGAAGACAGCAAAGAGGGGGUUAGGAGGGGCAAACCAUAACAAUUCCGGAUCUCGAGUGUGACCUGGAUCUUGCAUUGCAAGCGCGUGGUUUUCUCGCUGUGGCACCUGGGAAUAAGAACAUGCAAGUUGACACUUGAAGGAAGUCGGGAGCGUAUGGUAGUUC